AUGUUAAAUAAUUUUUCUGUUAUUGCCGAAACUCCUGGCUUAAGCAGCAUGCAACAACAACAACAAGGCCGACUCAGGCUGAGGCCGUGGCUGGAGGAACAGAUUCAGUCUGGGAGAUAUCCAGGAGUCAGCUGGCUGGACCAGUCCGAACGAAUCUUCCAAAUCCCAUGGAAACAUGCUGCUCGUCAUGGUUGGAGUAUUGAGCGAGAUGCUACCCUUUUCAGGAGCUGGGCUAUGCACACUGGACGGUACCGUCCAGGCAAAGACAAGCCAGAUCCAAAGACAUGGAAAGCAAAUUUCCGCUGUGCUUUGAAUUCUCUGCCUGACAUCUGUGAGCUGCGUGAACACAGCAGGAAGAGAGGCAGUAAUGCCUAUAGAGUGUACAGGAUGCUGCCCAAUUCCCAAACACAGAAACGCAGAAGAGGGCUGCGGUUAUUCGACAGACCCAGAGAAGGACAGGCCAGUUUAGGAGAAUGCAUGCCUGAUGGUACACACAACACACAAAUUUGGCAAGUCACAACAAUGAGACCCAUUUCAGAAACACAGCAGGAGGUGGAGCCUGUUGCAGAAGACACAUUUACCAACGUUCAAAGACAGGGGAUGUGGGAUGCCAAAUCAACGGACCAGGAACAGAGUGAAGCUGUCUUUAAGCUGAUGGACCACUUAAGCAACACUGACCUCUGGAACCAGGCCGCGGAACAGAGAGGGUGGAGAACGCACAGUCUAUGGAACCACUGGCACUGUCCUGGUGAUGAUAAUCCAUAUCCUCUGCACACAGAGAACUGCAGCGAUCUAUUUGGUCCAAACUACAUCAAGGAACUCUCUGACUGGUCCACACAUCAGCAACCACUGAUGCCGUAG